UAUAAUGUAAAACGUUAAUUGAGAUCUUUCUUUUGUUUUACCCAAAUGGUUUGUCAUUAAUUAAUUAAAAUUAUAACCAUGAAAGUGGAGUGGAAUUUGCUUUUUGUGUUCAGUUUUAUUUGCCACCUUUAACUAGUUUGAUGUUUGGUAAAAAUGCUAGUAAAUUCACGACUUGUUUGGAUUAUUUUUCUGCUGCAUACUGUCAUUGCUAAUUCGGAGUUUAUGGAUCCGUGCACGGAUCAUAAUGGUAUAAAAGAUGAGGAAGCCAAUAGAGCAUUAGGAGACUGGCCGAAGGAUCUGAAUUUGGCUAGCGUUAACAGGACCCACAAGUGUUAUGUGACCUGCAUUUUGAUAUAUUACAAUCUUGCAGAUAACUAUGGAGAGGUUACCCUUGACAAGUACUUUGACAACGGAAUCAUUGAUGAGUUUGCUUUUGCACCUACUCUAAAUCGUUGCUGCUAUGAGUACAGCGCAGAGACUGAUUUAUGUGAGAAAAUUUUUGGUGUGUUCAACUGUUUCAGGCAGGAAAGAUUACUUCACAAAUAAUAAAUAUUAAUAAAAAAAAAAUAAA